AUGGAGCCGUCAGAAGUUACCAGUCUUGUUGUAGUGGCGGUGAUAUCCGCGGUGGCCAGCGACCUCAUCAGCCGGUUCAUCUCCUUCCUCCUCCAGAAAUCCCAGCAGGCUCACCGCGCUGCCGUCAACAACACGGCGCGGCUGCAGCGGCUGCUCCUGCGAGCUCGCGCCGUCGUCGAGGAGGCCGACAGGCGGCGGAUCGCCAACCACGGCAUGCUCCUGCAGCUCAAGCAGCUCAGGAACUCCAUCCGCCAACACGAACUCCAAGCACAAGUCAUGGACGAUUUGGAUGCCAUGCUUGAUGACAUGAAGGAGUUUCUCUUACUUGGGAUGCAAUGCCCUCCGAUUGCUCGCCAGCCGUAUAGUACGUAUCUGUUCAUGGAGAGGUGCAUGUUCGGCCGGCGCAUGGAGAAGGAGCACAUCGUUAGCUUCUUGCUGAACCCUUGCUCAUCUCUGGAUGUCCUCCCCGUCACCGGGCCGUUCUACAUUGGGAAAAGCACCCUAGUUGAGCAUGCUUGCAGAGAAGAGGCGGUGCAGAGGAGCUUCCCAAACAUACUGCGUCUCAGCAGCGACGAUCUCAACGACCUAGCUGGUAGUGACAGCGCCAUGGAUGACCACAAGCUUGGUCGACCUUCUCACGGGAGGUCUCUGAUGAUCGUGGAGCUCGUUCAUGACACGAAUCUGGCGGCAUGGGGCAAGCUCCACCACUCCCUGCGCCAUCGGGCGGAUGGCACCAAGGCCAUCCUCAUCAGCAGGAUGGAUCGCGUGUCGAGCCUAGGGACCGUGCAGGCUCUCAGGCUAACGAAGCUGCGCAGAGAGGAGUACUGGUACUUCUUCAGAGUCCUGGCCUUUGGGAGCGCAGACCCGUACGAUCACCACCCGAGCCUUGUCCCCAUAGCCGAGCGGAUCGCGGCGGAGAUCGACGGCGCUUCGUUCAUGAUGACGGGCGCCAUCACAAGGGCGCUCAGGGCCGAUCUGAGCGCGGAGUUCUGGGGCCGUGCUCUGGGCUAUGUGAGGAAGUCGAUGCAGAUGCAUGCUCGUGUCUUCUGGGAGGACCCGAGGGCGGCGCGGUCCCGCGAAAGGUACCUCUCGUACAUUCACGGCUUGAAGCAGGACUGUCCUCCGAUACUCUGCUACAGGAGAUACAAGACAAGGUCUCUGCAAGGGGACACGGCGAGCAUGGUGAUGACCGGCCGGGGAUGUGUUUGCAGCGGUAAGGUCUGUGAAAUGUGGAGACAAGAUAGGGGGAUGGCGGCGGUGGAGGGCGUGCGGCACCGGACGGUGGAGGCGAACGGCGUCCGCCUGCACGUGGCGGAGGCGGGCCCCGAGGGCGCCGCCGCCCCCGCGGUGCUGCUCCUGCACGGCUUCCCGGACCUCUGGUACGGCUGGCGCCACCAGAUGGCCGCCCUGGCGGCGCGGGGCUACCGCGCCGUGGCGCCCGACCUCCGCGGCUACGGCGACUCCGGCGCCCCGCCCGACGCGUCCGCCUACACCACCUUCCACGCCGUCGGGGACCUCGUCGCGCUCAUCGCCGACCUCGGCCAGCCCCAGGUGUUCGUGGUCGGGCACGACUGGGGCGCCAUCGUGGCGUGGCAGCUCUGCCUCCUCCGGCCGGACCUGGUGCGGGCGCUCGUGAACCUCAGCGUCGUCUACCACCCGCGGCAGCCGGAGAGGAGCCCGCUCCAGACCAUCAGGGCCGCAUGCGGGGAAGACCACUACAUGUGCCGCUUCCAGGAACCUGGAGUUGCUGAAGCUGAAUUCGCUAGAUAUGAUAUUAAGUAUGUGUUUAAUAAGACAUUUGGCAUGCGCAAGCCAGCUGCUCUUAUUCUACCCAAGGACAAGAGCUUCUUUGACUCGCUUGAUUCAGAUGGAACUUGCCCUCCAUGGCUAUCAGAGGAAGAUAUUUCUUACUACGCAGAAAAAUUUUCAAAGACAGGGUUUACUGGAGGAUUUAAUUACUACAGAUGCAUUGACCUGAAUUGGGAGCUUUCUGCACCAUGGACUUGUGCUCCAAUAAAAGUUCCGACAAAAUUCAUUGUUGGGGACCUAGACAUUACAUACAACACUCCGGGGGUACAGGACUACAUCCACAAGGGUGGCUUCAAGGCAAGCGUGCCGAAUCUUGAGGAUGUUGUUGUCAUGGAGGGAGUGAGCCACUUCAUCAACCAGGAGAAGCCUAAUGAGGUUUCUGAUCACAUUUGCGAGUUCUUUAGCAAUCGAUCAGAAACUUUUUACGACUGUCAAUCAGAAAUUGAGGCGGCAUUGGGCAUUGGCCCUUGCAAAGUUGGAAUGGAGGUUCUGCUCUCUGCAGUUGCUAGCGACCUCGUCGGCCGGCUGAUCUCCUUCCUCAUCAGCAAGUUCCGGAGCGAGGCUCCACCGACGACGUCGUCAGACUGCAGCGAUCGCUGCUGCGAGCCCGAGCCGUCGUCGAGAAGGCCGAGGCGCGGCAGGCGGCGAGCCGUCUUGCCCGGUAGGAGAUCGCACGCCACGGCGAGGCGGUCGCUCGGCUUGCUUCCGGGCAGCGAUGCCGCAGGUGAGCUGUCCGUUGCGGUGGAAAGCAUGGAAGCUGCGCUGGGUGACAUGAAGGAGCUCGUCGUGCUCCUCGGCGGCUGCCCCCGCGUCGGCCGGCAGCCGUACAGCGCCUACCUGUUCAUGGAGAGCUGCAUGUUUGGGCGGCAGAUGGAGAAGGAGCAGAUCGUCAGCUUCCUGCUUCAGCCUGCUCGAGAUCUGGAUGUCCUCCCCAUCAUCGGCCCUCGCGAGGUCGGCAAGCGGACGCUGGUCGAGCAUGCACGCACUCGGGAGGAGCUCUGGUACCUGUUCAAAGCGUUGGCGUUCGGAGGCGCCGACCCGGAGGAGCGCCCGGAGCUCGUGCGCGUCGCCACGGCGCUGUUCGCGGGCAUCCCGGACCUCACGCCGUUCGCCGCGGUGACCAAGACCGCCGCGUCGCUCCGCGCCGACCUGAGCGCUCGGUCCUGGCGCCGCGUGCUGAAGGUGUCCCUCGGGGUGACGGCGCUGCAGCUCGGCGCCGCCGUCCCUGGGGGUCGUGGUCGUCCGGAGGAGAAGGCCGCGUACUACCACCCCGGCGUGCCGGUGAAGGGUGGGCGUAGCGCGCCGUGCUUGUUCUACGACAGGCGCAAAUCGACGGGCAUGCCAUGGAGCGAGCUCCCGAAGGUGACGAUGCUGGACGUCGCCGGCGGCGCCGUCCCGGCCGGGGAGAAGCGGUUCGACGUGCUGGUGUGGCAGGCCCGCAUCCCUCCUUACGCAAGCUACGUCGCGACGUGCGACAUGGAGAGAGCGGCGCAGGUGGAGAUCGGCAAGAGACGGCUUGUGAACAAAAGGAGGAGAGGCCAACUGGUUAGUGGCUCCGGCGAAGACAAGGUGCAGGAGGUGGAGGACGCUAAAGAUUGGCGACGGGUAAACUAUCCGCGUAUAUUGCCUCUGGAUAUCCAUACCCGCGACCUAAAAUCUAUACCCGAACCUAUACCCGUUACCCGCAACGGAUAACAAACCGUAUCCAUAUCCGUUACCCGCGGGUAACGGAUAUCCGCGGAUAUAUCCGUUUGUCCAAUAACAAAGACUUCAGAUAUCCGUUACCCGCGGGUAACGGAUAUCCGCGGAUAUAUCCGUUUGUCCACUAACAAAACUUCAGAAUUAUUCAAAGGAUAAAUUAGCAUACAGAUUUUCAGUUGCAUAAAAAAUACAUAAAUGUCCAGCAGAAUUAAAUCUAAAUUGUUCAGAUAAUAAAAUUACAAACACAAAAAUUCACUUGACCAAAUAAAUAUCUCAUCCAGAAUCAGCACCCAACACACAAGAUUCUUCUUUGAUUUCUUCUUCUUUAUC